ACUCCAGAAAUAUUUCAAUCUCCUUGCCAUUACUAAGUUACAGAAAGUUGCUGUAUAUCAAGUGUGGAUGAUGGCGGAAGAAGAGAACACAGAGAGGCUUGGAACAGAGUUCCCUCUCGGAAGAGUGAAGAAAAUAAUGAUGCUUGACAAGGAUAUCAAGAAGGUUAGUUCAGAAGCCCUUCAUCUCAUCUCUGUCUCCUCCGAUUUAUUCCUUGGUUUCCUGGCUGAGAAAUCUGCGGAGAUCGCCGUUGAGAAGAAGAGGAAGACAGUGAAGCUGGAACACAUCAGGAUGGCCACCAAGAGGCACCGACCCACCAACGAUUUCCUCAUGGAUUCUCUACCUAUGCCUUCAAAGACCUCGAAUAAUCAUUCUUCGACGGCCCAGGCUGGAUCUGGUACUACCGCUGUCGAAAAAGAGAAGCCUCUUCCUGUGGGUACUCGUAGGAUCGACGAUUUCUUCCGCAAGUCUUCCAAUGAAACCACAAACCCGUCAGACUGAGUCAUUAAUGAUUGUCGCUGACCCUCCCCGAAUGUCAAAUUCAUCCCUAUGUAUCUCUUUCCAUGAAUUUUAAUACAAUAUAUUGUUCUUGAAAAGAAAAAAACAAGUAGAUGCAGAGUUCCUGAGCAUAACUACACACUAUCUUUGAUUUCCGGAAAGAAAAGAAGAAAAAGGAACCAAAUGCAAUUAAGAAUUUAGUUAUUAACUUUCAACAGUGAGAUAUUGGUCGUUUCGAUGCAUCCUUAACCCCUUUUCUCGAUGUGCAAUUAGCGAUAGCUUGUGUUAGAAGUUCCCCCUCCCUUCACCUCCUCAAAACCCCAUAAGAAAAGGGGGAAAGAACUAUCAGUCCCCAUCCAUGAACUACUCUCUCUUUGGAUCACUUGUUCUAGAUUCUCGCAGAUGACCUUGAAGCAUGCUAACUACAAGGGAUGAGUCUUGGCUUCAUGCUUGCAGGGUAAUUGGUAUGGUCCUAAACUCUUGUGUUGCACACUUCAGAUGCAGUGAUAAAUUGGGUGCAUUUGAGAAGGGUAGUAAUUGUUGGACAUGGAAUUUGAGGUGAGAACUUCUACUCAAACCUGUUUGGUUAGGAUGGUAGCUGCAAUUUGAGAAGCGCUAACAGAUAAAAGGUUAACCUGGGAUGCAAUGCAUAUUUUCCUCUCCCCUUAUAGUAGUCCUUUCGAAUCAAUCUGGGAUUCUGGGGUUUAUUAUUACCAUCUCUGUCAUAUUCGUCAACUAGUUUCUGCCAAUAUAUGUUAUGUUUGUUGCUCUAUAUUGUUGUUUGAUUUUCUUUCUUCAUCUAUUUGUUAUUGCAUACUUUUUAAGUAGAAUGCACUGAGUCUAUUUCCACAGUUGAUGGGUUGGAGGCUCAUUAAGGAGAAGACAAUGUCUACAUAGUCACUCCAAUAGGUGGGUUACUCAUUUGUACUUUUUGUUGAUUUGUGAUGUCAUUGGGUGAUGCUUGGUUGAGAGAUAAUCAGCUGGCUUCAGUUGAGUCUAAGGGGAUUGCUGAAAUUUUGAUGUUUUAUGAGUUGGAACUUGGAAGCAAACAUGAAGUCGCAGAAGAAAUUGGUUGACAGUUGCAACAUUUCAAGUAAUGCUUGGUUGAGAGUGCAUAGAAUGGCCAAUCAGUUGAGAUGCACCUGCCUGACCACUGUCUGAGGCAAUUUGGUUUAGAGCAACGAAUUUCAUGUGUUAUUGAAUGAAGGCCACAUAAUAUUUUAGCAGGUCUUGGUGUUGAUUCUAGUAAGAUGUUCUGGAAUGAAAUGUCCGAAUGGGCUGCCUUUAAUGAUGAUCUAGACAUUGUUGAAGGUGAGCCUGAGGCCCUGAGUUGAACCCUGGCUGCACAUCUCCACAAUGUCUUCAAUGGUACAAGCUCAAUCGUCGUGUGUGCAUUCUUUCUCCAAAUGGAGUUGAUGACACAAGACCACAUGAGAACAGGUUUAAGGAUAUGGUGAUGGAGAGGCAGACCAUCUGAUGGGUGAUAGUUAAGGAAUAAGUACUGGAUGUGUUUAUUCUGGAAAUGCUGUUCAAAUGGAGUAAAUUUGACUGAUUAUGCUUAAUAUGAACUCAAAUAUGUGGUAUUAGAUGGUUAUUUUGAUGACCAUGAGUUUAAUUGAUCUGUGCUGCAGCAAGGUUUAAUAUUCAGAAUAAUCAGCAAGCUCCAGCUGAUGACUAGUUGGCUCCUCCAAAAUAAGGAAGAAUUUGGGGAACUGGUUGAAGUGUUUCAAAAUAUUAUGGGGCUUGAGAUAACCAACCCUCUUCAACAAGAGGUCCUCAACAACAUGAGCAGCACAUGCCAGUGAUGAUAGGGUUGGUAGAUGGAGGUGGAGAUGGGGAUGAAUCCCACGAAAAUAUUUCAUAUUGGGACCCUGAUGGCUAACCUGACAGGAGGUUUGUAAGGAUGAGAAUGUACCAAAAUAAGCACCGAUUUUAGUUGGUGUGUUAUUAUUUGGAGGGCAGUAAUAAUAUGAACGGUGGCACCAGCACCUCUGCUGGAAUGGUCACUGAACAAGCUGUUGGGUUGCAAGGGGCUCACACAGCCAGUCUGUGAAAAGGGAUUGGAUCAUAUGUGACUAUGUGGGACUAAAUCUGAAUAAGAGGCCAAGUUGUUGUUAUUUGUCCCAUCAUUGUCUAGCUCCUAGGGUUGGGGUUGCUUGUCAAUUUAGCCACUGUGAAGAAGAAUGCUUUGAUCUACCUACUACAGAUCAUACUGAAGUAUGUCCAUUUGGUCUAUUUGCAGUUACCAUUAAGUUGAAGAUUGUUGGCUUAUGACAGGAUCUAUUUUUGGGUGCAUGUGGAGCAUGUUUGUUGCCAAAUGGACCAUGUUGCUGGUCUUCUUGCUUCAGCUACUUACUAAUAGAUAUUUUUCUUCUGUUUGGGUAUUCAGAAGGUAAUGUAGAAUAGGUUUUCAGCAAAUGGUUAUCAUCUCUGCCUGAUCUAUAAUAUUACAAAUGUUAAACAGAAGAUUAUUAAUUCACAAUUUGGUUCUUCA